CAGCACGGGAAGGACAGUGAGCUGCUGGAGCGAGUCCCCAGUAGAGCUGCGAGGUUGAUCGUCGGCUUUGGAAUGAUCUAAUUGUGGCCCUCCGGUACCUGAAGGGAGCCUACCAGGAAAAUGGAGAGAACUUUUUACAAGGGCAGCCAGGAUAAUCUUCAAGGUUGGAUGACAGAACCAACCAGCUUUUCUGCAGGUGCAGAAGAGAAAAAAGAGAGUGUUCCCACACAGCUGAUGAAGCAUAAAAAAGAAGUUGGUGUUGCUUCUGAGGAACUUGGCUCAGCAAAUGCAGCUGCAGACCAGGAAGAGCAAACAACAUCAGAAAUAAGACAAGACUGUGUAUACAGAAGUUGUGGGAGAUGUGAGAAGACAGAUAUGAUUAAAUUUCUUGUGAUGGAUCAAGAUGCAUCCAAAAACUGUGAACUAUAUGUACCUGUGUCUAGUAACCGUUCAACAGUGGAGUCAUCUGAGGAGAGUGAGGAGGACAUGUAUCGUGAUGAAGAGGAAAUAGAGAGAGAGAAAAUGCUACUUCGUGGCACAAACUCAUCAGAACGUAAACUAAGUGUUUCACCUGAAAUGGACAUCAUGGAUUAUUGCAGAAAGGAAUGGAGAGGAAAUACACCAGCAGCAAAAAGGAUGAGAAAGGGAUAUGAAGCAGUUGCUCAGAAGUUUGCAUCUAUAAGGAGAAUACGAGGUGAUAACUAUUGUGCUUUCAGAGCAACUCUUUUCCAGGCAUUAAGCCAAGCUACACAGUUACCAAUGUGGCUGCAGAGUGAGGAUUUUACUAUGCUUCCAGAAAACUUGCUGCACAAGUAUGACUGGAUCAAGCAGUGGCAGCUCAGACAGAAACCUGGCAAGAGGAUGGGAGAAAUAAGUGAUGAAAUAAAAGAGUAUUUAAUACUUCUAAGGAAAAAGUGGAAGAAUAUAAGCGAAAUAAAAGGUCCCCUUGAGAAACAAGAAGCUUGUGAUGAAUUGUUUAAAAAUGAGGAGGAGGAGUAUAGUCUCUAUGAAGCGCUGAAAUUUUUGAUGCUUAACACUGCCAUUGAAUUAUACAAUGCUGAUAAAAGUGGAAGGAGAGUGCCUGUCUUCUCCUGGCUCCUGUUUGCACGGGACACAUCCAGCAACCCUUGCCAGUUAAUGCAAAAUCACUUGAAUCAUAUUGGUCACAGUGGAGGCCUUGAACAAGUGGAAAUGUUUCUUCUUGCUUAUGCUCUGCAGUAUACCAUCCAAGUAUACCGACUGUAUAAGUACAGCACUGAUGAGUUCAUCACGCUUUACCCCAAUGACCCAGAGGAGGACUGGCCUGUGGUGACUCUCAUAACUGAAGAUGACAGACAUUACAAUAUUCCAGUCAGAAUGUGCCAAGAGACAAUGCUGUGAACAAGUGAUUUUUGUCAGACAAACCUGUGCUGCUUAUGGAGGUUUCCCAUGCUGUUUUGAAACAGGGCAAUCACAAAAUCCAUGUGAUUAAAGUAACAACUAGAAAUCUGUGUUUUGGAAGUUGACAUCUGAAAUAAAAUAUCAAAUAGUAAAAGUAUGGCAAGCAUGGCUUUAUUUUCCAUUUUUUCAAAAAUGGAAGCUUCUGCAGUCCUUUUUUGAAGGACUUACUCUGAAUAGAAUUGCCAAAACUAUAGAUUUAUUCCUUUUAUUUCUUUUAGUGAGGCUCUGUGGUAAGAUAUGAGCUAACUUUUAGUUCCCCAAAAUAAUGACAAUUGAAAUUUCUGGGAAAGUAAGGUGGCAGUGUCUUGGCUGAUGUUUGUAAUAGUGCUUAGAAGCCAUUUAUACAAAACUGGGUCUUGGGAAGUAAUACAGUUCUUUUGCAAUUGGAAUUUAGUGCCUGCCAUGGUUUAUUCUGUAAGAGAGAUGUUCCUUAAAGUUUUCUAAUGUUUUGAGUUGUUUUUUCCUGCAUAAGUGUCUCUUCUUUAGAAGCCAGUUAUCUGUUACACUGAAAAUGAGCUGCUCUUCCCCUUUCAGCCCAGAGGAGAGGAAUGUGGCAAACGUGAUAAGGAAGUUUAAAAGUUGUUUGAUAGUCAGUCACAGAGUCAAAGACUACAAAUAAUUCCCACUUAAAUUAUAACAGGUGAUAGGAGAUAGCCACAUGCCUGUUAACUUCCACGUCUGUUCCUGUAGUGUUAAUCUUUUCUGGCACCUGCUCUGGAGAACAUGAGGAUUUUAAUUUCUCCAGAGAGUUCAGUAGAGGAAACAAACUUUUGGGACAGCUUACUCCUCCCAAGAGUGGAGAUAUGAGAGGUUCUGUUUGUGCUUAGUUAUUCAUUUUAUUUCAUUAUUUAAAACUGAAAGAAUACAGAAUGUAUUAAAUGCUGAAAGUGCUGAAAAAACUUUAUUAAAAAGUAAUUAAAUAAUGAAGCAUUCAGCUUUUAUGUUCAAGUAGAAGUAUGUCCUAUAGAUGACUUUUGGAACAAGAGAGUUAAAACUGAUUCAACUGAAAUGGUGGUCGUACACAAGUCUCUUAGAAGGCCUACGUAUGUAAAUGGGGUAAGGUUAUAAAAACUUUCCAUUUGAAUAUUCUGGAGAAAGCGGCAUGCAAAAUUCUUCUCUUCUAGUUGAAAUUAAUUUGUUAAGUAUUAUUGUGAAAGGUAAUAUACACAAUAAAAAUGUGUAUUCACUAUGUUCUAAAAUGUGUUUUAAACACAAUAAUGAGGCUUAUCAUGUACUCGGUGUUAUAUUUGUCAUGUUUUCGUUGCCUUCUUAAUCAGUUUGUUUGUUACUGAAAAUGUCUGGGAGCUACAAGGGAAUAAAAGUAAACUUAAUAAAUUCA